AAGGCAUAACCAGGUCAUCGAUUGUGUCAAGCUUACGAAACGCCUUUUCUUAAUCAGCUGAUAUUCGUUUAAAGUCAACUGAGCUUCAUUUCAGACUAACUUACGGCCCAUACUAGAUCUUAUUCAGGCUUGAUACUGAUCUGAGCAGAUACAACUACGAUAAAAUAAUCAACAAAAUGAAGCUGCUAUUCUCCAUCACGCUCGUGCUUGUGCUUGUGACGGGCUCCUACUCGUGGCCGAGUCUGAGGGGCAUCUUCAGUCACAUCAUGGGCAGCAAGGCCAAACACACACACCAGCAAGAGACGAAUGAAGUGGUCAAGAUGGAGAACUGGGUGAAACCUCCUUUCUGCAACGAGUUGGACUGCCCCAAAUACCAACGUCUGGCAUCAAAAGAGGGGUAUGAAAUCCGAAAGUACGCCAAGUCAGGGUGGGUCUCGACCAACAUGUUGGAUAUGAGCUACGGUCAGUCCAGCUAUAAAAUGUUCCGAAAGCUUUUCAACUACAUUCAGAGAGGAAACGUCGCCGCGGCCAAGAUUCCAAUGACGGCUCCGGUCACCAUGCGUAUCAUUCCCGGCCAGGGCCCAGCCUGUGAACAGAACUUUACCAUGUCAUUCUUCGUCGCCGGCGACUUCUCCGCGGCUCCUAAACCAAACGCGACAGACGUCUUUCUCAACCAGACACCAGAGGUUGUCGCUUACGUCAGACAAUUCGACGGUUACGCCAUGUCCUUCUCGACCUGGAGGACCCAGGCCCUCGCCCUCGCCAAAGCCAUCAACGACUCGUCUCUCUACCAUCAAAACUUCUACUACACAGCUGGAUACAACAGUCCAUUCCAAAUAGUAAACAGGCAUAACGAGGUCUGGUUCAUCAAGAAAUAAGAUAACUUUAUAAAUGUCCGAGUUUGACGCGAUUUUUUGUAAAAUAUACCCAGUAAUCGAUCUUGUAGGACUAUUUUAACGUGACCUUUCGAGAGAAAACGCAUUGAGCUGGUACUCAUGAAUCCUGCAAUUCUCCGGUUAAUUGUGAAAUGUGCUCGACUGGAGUCCCAUUGCAAAGCCAGGCAUUAUCAAGAGGCAUAAGGACUCUGCCAUUGGAGAGAACAGCAGAACUUGGCUUGGCGACAUAUCAAUUUCUCACAUUUCUUGUAUUGCGACAUCCUAGAGUCAUUGGUUACUCCGCCUCACGAUAUUUCAAACUUUUUAUAUACGAGGUAGGAGUAUAAAAAAACUGCAUGUCAGGAUGGUACAACGGUACAAAGGUUAAAUUGUCAUGAACGGGUGUUAUAAUCUAUUGACGUGUUCGUGAGGCUCAACGAUCGAUGUGCAUGAUUUGCUUCAUCAUCCCUCGUAUCAUGGGCCUAGCUUUCCAGCUUCAUCUUCUGUGUAGAUGUAGAUGUUUUUGUAAAAAGAUAUUUUGUAAAUAAAAGGCGUGUUUUAAAAA